GCUCGCGUGUGAUGUGUUUGUGUAUCCUCAGUGUUUUUCUCUCGUGAGUGUUUUAUUGAGUGUAAACAGAGUCUUGUCUCUGUGUAUUUUAGUGUUGAUGAUGGAUGUGAGGUGCUGUAAAUCAGUAGGAACUGAUCUGUCCAUGCUGGAUAUUGAUGAUUUCAUCACAGAAAUCUCUCAGCUGAAGAAAGAGGUGGCGUUACUGGAGACAAAGCUGAGGUUAAGAGGAGAUGAAGGACUGAAGAGAGAGGACUCCGAGCUCAGUCUGACUUUACUCUGUUAUACUGAGUCAAAGCCCACAGACGCUCAGGACACUACAGUGUGUGACAGUAAUCAGGGCUUACAGGAUGAGGAAUCUACUGAUCAAACCUCCACAGAGUCGGAUUCUGUCUGGAACGCUGGAGAACAGCAGCAGAUCCUGCAGACCACAACCAAAAUUUGUUCAGUCAAAGUCACCGACUGCACAAACCUCAUGAUGAAGAUCAAAACUGAACCCAGAGCAGAUGAAUAUGAAGAGAAACACAAUGAUGGUCAUCAUUUUAUUCUUUCAGAUGUGAAAAGUGAAUUAUGUUUGGAUGGAGAAAUAACGUCCUCGACUCUUUCCUGCAUCACCGGUGGAGAGACAUUGAGCUCACAGAGACAUUUAGAGAUACCACACACAGAACAAAAACUCUGCACCAGAUCUAAAAUCAGCUUUACUACCUUACAAGAGAAGAAACUUCAUUAUUCAAAAGUGCACAAAGAGAAGAAGAAGUUUGAUUGUGAGCAGUGUGGGAAGGAUUUUUUCUUAUCUCAGCUAAAGGUUCACAUGAGGACACACAAUGGUGAAAAGUCUUUCUACUGCACUGAAUGUGGCAAAUAUUUCAGCACCAGAGGAAUCCUUGAUGUUCAUCAGAGAAUUCACACAGGAGAAAAACCAUACGAGUGUCCUCACUGUGAGAAGAGAUUCAGCUACAAACCUUAUCUGAAGAAACAUGUGCGUAUACACACCAAUGAGAGACCGUAUCAGUGCAGUGAAUGUGACAAAGCCUUUAGGGAUUCAGAUUCAUUAAAAUCACACCAGAAUAUUCACUCUGGAGAGAAACUCUUUCAAUGUUCACACUGUAAUAAAAGUUUUGGUCAUAAAUCGUAUCUGGAACGCCAUAAGAGAAUUCACACUGGAGAGAAACCUUACUUCUGCUCUCACUGUGGAAAGUGCUUCUCUGAUCCAAGUACUUUUAAAAUCCACCAGAGGGUUCACACUGGAGAGAAACCUCAUCACUGUAGUGUUUGUAAGAAGAGUUUUAAUCAACGCCACCAUUUGGUGGCACACCAGAGAAUUCAUACAGGUGAAAAACCUUUCAAAUGCUUUCAGUGUGAGAAGACGUUUACUCGAUUAGAUGGCCUGAGGACCCAUGAGAGACUUCACACUGGAGAGAAACCUCAUCACUGUAGUGUUUGUGAGAAGAGUUUUAAUCAACAUCACCAUUUAGUGAAUCAUGAGAGAACUCAUACAGGUGAAAAACCUUACAAAUGCUUUCAGUGUGAGAAGUCAUUUGCUCAUUUAACUUCCUUAAAAGUCCACCAGAGAUUUCACACUGGAGAGAAACCUUACGUCUGCCCGAUCUGUGGAAAGAGCUUCACUACUUCAUCUCAAGUUACAGUACAUAAGAGAGUUCACACUGGAGAGAAACCUUAUCACUGUAAUGUUUGUGGGAAGAGUUUUAAUCAACAUUACACUUUAGUGUCACACCAGAGAACUCAUACAGGUGAAAAAUCUUACAAAUGUGCUCAGUCAGCUUUCUUAAAGGGGUCAUAGCAUGAAAAUGUGACUUGUUGUUGUUUGAUGUUUUAGUGUUAUAAUUGGGUCCCUGUGCUUUUUCAACCUAGAAAAUGCAAAACAGAACAAUGCGGUUAUUAAAGAACAACACUGGUAUUUAGUCACACUAGACCUUAUGUCACUGCAUCAUUAUUACUGCUAAAAGAUUUUAAAAUAUGAAAACUACAUUCCUGGAGCUUUCCAAUAAUAUAGUUAGUCAACAUUAUUUCAGAUUUUUAAUAGGAUAUACUGUUAUGAAUAUACAAUAAUUAAUAAGCAUUUCUAUGGGGGGGGGGGGUUGUCAUAUAACAAAAAACUCACUAUAAUAUUACUUUUCUAAAGUAACGAGUAAUGUAAUGUAUUACGUUAUAAACGUACACAUUAAUAUUUUUGCGAUAGAAAUAUGCAAUUUCGGAAUGCAGAACUUCUCAGUCAUAAAAAAUAUCUUCAAGGCCUGAAGGAGAUCAAACUCCAGCCAAGUAAGAAAAAGUUACACAAAAGUGACUUAAAAGCAGAGGUGUAAAAUGUAUUCAAAAAUGUUACUCAAGUGAAAGUACACGCACGGAGUGUAAAAUUUUUUCUCAAUUAAAAGUAUCUGGCCAGAAUCAUACUUGAGAAAAGUAAAAAAGUACAACAUUUAAAUUGUACUUUAGUAUUAAAAAGUAAAAGUAACAGGAAGAUUCUUGUUUAAGCUUUUAAUCUCUAAAAACAUGAAGUGAAUGAACCCCAUACAAGGUUUUUAUACUGCUUAACUGUUUGUAUUUAAUUGUAUUUAUUUGUCAAACUAUAAGACUACUACCUAAUUUUAAUAUGCAACAUGCUACUCAAAGUUGUAAAACCUCGAAUUUAACUUGAGCAGAAGCUGAUUUUCAAAAUUGUCAAGCCCUUACAUGCAGCUGCGUAUUAAACCUUGUUCACACUGUCAGUACAAAUCCGAUUUUGGUGCAUCUCUGAUAGGAAUCCAAUCACAUUAAGAACAUGUGAACGACCAAAAACCACAUGAAAAUCGUUUUUAUCUAAACUGUUUCAGGCUGUUUGCACUUCAGGUGUACACGUGUUCAAAAUGUUUUGAAUGCGUCCACUUUCGACUACUUUCAACCACAUUCAGAGGUAAUCGAAACCCCUUUCAAUCGGUCUGCUUUUGUAGUGUAAACGCACAUGUGGUUGAAUUUGUUCGAACAGCCACAUGCGACUGCCUUCUCUCCGCCCAUAUAAUCUGAGGUACUGAACACAAUGUUUUACGUCUUUUCUGACUUCUGGCGUGAACACACGGUGAACAGCACUAUUUUUAGCCUUUCAUUGAUAAAACUAAAGCAUCUGAUCUCCGCAGUUUAAGUUUGCAAGCGUGUGAAAGUUGCAUGAUCUUAUUUCAUCAAUUGUGCUGAAAAUUCAGAGAAAGCUUUAGCAUAUGCAUGUACAAAACACUGUGCUGCAUGUUUACUUACAACACAAGCAGCGGAUUCUGACAUAAUAUUAGUUUGCGUCCAUAUAAACUCGUCAUUACUCCCGCUUGCGUUUAAAUGACACCAGAGACUCGCCCAGUCGCAACAGACCACCCCCUCACAGUAUUCAAGACAGAAGCGGACGAAAGUGGACAAAAGAGAUCGAUUUAAAUACCAGGUGUAAACCUGGUGUGUCUCUCUCAUCCACUUGUGAUCCGAUCGACGAAAACACAUCUUAAUACCAAGUGUUAACAGCCCCUUAGUGGUGGUUUGAAAUAGUUUUUUAAAUCGCAUUUCCAGAAAUUAAUUUCAAUCUGACCGACCUGAUCGCAUUUGUGUAGCUUUUCGUUUAUGUCAUGCUGUUGUGUCACGCAAGAUGUAAACACGUCAGACAUCGAGGCAGAUUAUCAUGCCAGCGCAAUGUCAUUGCCAUAGAAACAGUGCAGAUAAUCAGGAAAAUGGCAGAAUGCUACAGGACACACAGAUCGGAUCUGAACAGUUGUGAUACACAAUAUGAACAGUGAGUCUGUCAAAUCGGAUAUAAACUGAAGGAUUGGAUUCCUGAUAUCUGCCUCCUCUUCAUCAUAUCCUUAUAAAUGAUUUUGAAUACUUAUUAAUCAGACACUAAUCAUUAUUUUAUCAUCCCAGAUAUUAUUUUCAGGAAAUUCUUCAUUCUUAAGAAAUAAGCUUGUUUCUCAAUAUUAAAAUCACAAGUGAAACAAUUACUUCUGCCACAUAAAUAUAACUGUGCUUUCUGUGAGAAAUCACUUCUUAUAAUGUUUUUAUUACACUUCCCAAACAACCAGUCCUUGGAGAAAGGUUGGACUAAAGAUGGUAUGACCUAUGGCCUUCACACGUCAUUUUGUUCCUAAACUCGGCCUUCUAGCUGUCAUACUAUCACUCAAACUGGAUGUGCUCUGAACUGGAUGUCCAUGUGUGGAAGUUCUACAUUUGUCUAUAGCGUUGGUUCCCAAUUCCAGUCCUCAGGCCCCCAUCCCAGAAUGUUUUAGAUGUAUCUUUAUAUGAAACUCCUGAUUUCACUCAUCAGGCUCCUUAAUUAACACACUAACAUCUGAUGAACUGAAUCAGGUGUUUUAUACAUGGCGACAUCUAUAAUGUUCUGUGAGGGAGGGGGGGCGAGGACUGGAAUUGAGAACCAGUGACUUAAACCAAUCAAAAUCAUGACAUUUGACAUAAUGACGUAGUUUUAUAAGCUCUGUUAGAGUACAAAUAUCUGUGUAUUGUAAUGUAUGAGUAGAGCGUCUUAGGAACUUCUUGCCGAGUGUUUCGGCUGACUUCUGCAAAGUGAACUGCAAAGAAUUCUCUUCAGUAAAAUUUCUUCUGUUAAUUUCAUCCCUGACUUCUGGUCUUCAUUUAUCAUUACUGAUCAACGAGUCUUAACUGUAAUUCCCCUACAGCACCAAAAUCAGAUUUGGACUGACAGUGACAAUGUUCACACUGCCAUCAAAAUCUGAUUUUCUGCUCAUAUGUGACCCAUGUCUGUCUCUUUGUAUGACCGUGUGAACAGCACAAACCACAUGGAAUCUGAACUUUUCGAUUCUGAUUUGAGCCACUUCCAUAUGCAAAACCACUUAAAACAUUCAAGACAUUAAAUAUUAAGAUUCUGUUGCACAUCGCCUUAUACAUGAAAGGCCCUAACACGCAAAUAAGUGUGUUUGACUUUCCUGAAGCGUUGUCCAGAUGAACGACCCGCACGUGACCCGGAAGCAGACUGGCUUGGCUCGUAUGCUCGACUGGCUGGUCUCCGCAGCUCCAUAUGUAGUCUGCACGUUCAUUUCCGUAUUACCGCAUGCAACGUUAUUUUGUGCAUGCAAUGCAGUUCAGGACCACAAACCGUUCACACAGCUGUCUGAUUUUAUCCACGCAAUGUGAACAGUCAAAAAAAAUUGGAUCUGAGCAAAAAAAAUCUGAAUUAAGCUCAGACUCAUUUUGGAUAAUAAAGUUUAUUGUUAAACACACCUGCCUAUAUUACAUAUCUUCACAUCAUUUCAAAACACUCUGGGGUCCAAAAACGCGGUGCUGCGUUUUGACGUGCUUUCUCCUCAUCAAAGCAGAAUCAUUUGAAAGACCCUGUAAAUGGUCUUCUUUAAUUUGUGUACAUUCACAAUAACAACAAAUCUUUGUUUUUUUGUCAAAUAGAGAAAAUAUUGUUUCAUGUGAAUGAGUGAGUAAAAUGGUUUUUACAUUUUUUUGUAGCAAAUUCCCAACUCUUUUUUUUGUUGGUGAAAAAAAUGUUUACUAUGUGUUCCUUCGCCUUAUUUCAGCAACUUUUUUUACUAACCAUGCAUAAACAUAAUUUAACAAGAAAAAAGCCAAGGGUCAAGAGUCCAACUAAAACAAACACUGAUCACCAUUAUGGUGACUUUAAAUGACACAAAUCAUCAACAUCUAAACCUAAUAAGUGAAUUGUGUUUUCUACAACAAUAUUUUUUUUAUAACAAUAAUGUUUUAUAACAGUUUUGAAAUAAUAAAAUGC